UACAGUUAAUUUUUUACAUGUCGUUUUUGAAGGGAGCAACUUUUUCUGUUUAUUUUUCCACAACUAGCAUAAAUUGUGUACUUUGGGAUUAUGGACAUUAUUUUUUCAGAAAAUAGAUGACUAUUAGCUUACGUAAUCAAGACUAAAUAAAUUCACAGUUAUUAAUUUACUAUAAACCCAGUGUUUCCUAACUUCUAAUCCACAGAGUGAGUACAGACAUCUUUGGAGCUGCAUUUGAGAAACCAGCACCCUCAGAAUGAAUGGAAAACAACGGCAAAAUGCUGUGGAUAUUGAACAAAAUACAGCUGAGCUGUUACCCAGAAAUCCAUACUGUUCAAAUGAAGGAACACACUGUGGUUGUAGAUUGCCUGUACCCUUCCAGCCUCAGUGGGUUACAGCAAAACCAUGGUCACUCUGGAAAACAUUUCUAGUGUGUCUUUUGGCCUGUCUAAUUGCUAUGGCCCUUGUUGUUCUGGUCUUAUAUUUUGCCCACUUUGGCAAACCUACCAUUGGUACCACCGUCAUUAUUCAGACAAAUGGAAAGUCCAGUCAUGUCACCUGCAUCCCUGGUUCUGCCCCGUUUCCUGCCUCAUCACUCCUACCUGGGUCUCAGAGCACCUUGCCUUCUAUCCCUGUGGCCAACCAAAGCUCCCCUACCACAGUGCCUCCAUCUGCCAUGGAGACAACUAAACCCACAUCAGUGGGCCACGAAGUUAUCAUUGAAAGUGGAGAAUGAUAUUUUUGAGCCCUCAGCCCUCCUCAAGCCAGAUCAACACUCUUACCCUGAAGGAGGCAUGUCCAAGCUGUUCUGUCCUCCCUGCCAAGAGGUUCCAAAAUAUUUGAUUUCAUGGGAUCUUGCCUCUCUUGCUCAAUCAUUUGCUGGAUUGCCAUAUGGUGAUGAUUCAGUCUUGGGCCCAUCAAUGUUCAAAUGAUUGGAAAAGAAAAUUUUCAGCUGAACCUCAUUAACUCAUCUAGGCUGGGGCCCAGAGAUUUCUCUUCACUCUUCCUGUACCAAUAACCUCAGUUAUCACUGAUGAAGAUUCCAACUGCUGAACAGGCAACCAGGUGUACCCUACUCUACUUACCUCCCUUCCUGCAUGCUGGUUCUUUAGACAGUAUUUACCAUCCAUUGUUGAUUAUUUCCCAAUCUAUUUUCAGCAUUUGUAUCCCAGAAGGGAAAAAGGAAAUGUUCAAAGUGGUUGAUGUGCAUAAAUUAUUAAAUACCUAUUGAUCAUUACAGAAGUAUUUCUCCUAUUGGUGAGUUCAGAAAAGAGGGGAGAUCAGGGAGGCUAGGAAUGAUUAAGGAAGAUUUCAGAGAAGAGCUGAAAGUUGAAAAAGGGUGAAAGUUUGGAUUUAAGUAGAGAAAAUUAAAGUAGAAAAUGGGAGGGCUAAGGGUGUUUAAUAGAUUAAAAUUAAAAAUACAUUUAGAAAUACUUCAAAUGUAACAAGUGAUAUAUUUUAUAUAACUGCACUUUUUCACUGAAUAUUUUCCAUAUGUGAUAGUUUGCUUAAUCUCUAAACUACUAAUAAAAUUUGAACUUUCAAACUGUUUUAUGCUUUGUAUUGUAACGUUGAGGGCACAUUGCUUAUAAUUUACUACGAAACACAGACUGUUGUUCAAUAUUACUUUAUUUUGAGUGUUUGAUACUUAAUAUAAGCAUAAACAUUUCAAUCUGGAAAAACCUUUUGGGUUAAAGCAAACUGUCCACUCUACACCCACUUUCCAAACUCUGCAAAAGGGGAAGACUGUCCCAGAGAAGGGAGAGGAGCUUCUAGUCAAAGACUCAGACCCUAUGAGCUGUCACUAGAGCCUGGAUCUCCAGCUUACAACUUCUGCUUCUAUUUUUGCAUACCAUUAAAUGUUCUAAAUAUGUAGUUUUGUUUUUCAAGAUUUCCUAAAGCAAAAGAUUUUUGUUUUAUAUAAUUGUACAUUAAUUUGCUGCAGUCAAUAAUAAGCCAUGUAAAUUAGCAUAGACCUUGAGGCCUAACUGAAUAUUUAGCUCUGCAAAUAAAAUAUUAGAAAUGGUCAUUCUUUAGAUAAUUGUUAUUUUGGGGCAGCUAGUAUUAUUUCUCAGACACUGGGGAAUGUAAAAAUUUGAGUCUUUGAAGAGUAAUU